AUGUCUACGCCCGCAGACCAUAAACCGUCGAAGCAGGCGUCGAAGACACCACAGGUUCCACGGCCCAGCUCGAGCGUUCUGCUCAUCUCCCCCACGAACCAGGUCUUGCUCCUCCACCGCGUAUCGAAAGCCUCUAGUUUCGCGUCCGCUCAUGUCUUCCCCGGCGGCGCCCUCUCCAAAACCCACGACGGCGGGAUACCCGACGUAGACCACCCAGGAAGGCAUCAAGAUGGGCCCGCAUAUCGCAUGGCAGCCAUACGGGAGACCUUUGAAGAAUGCGGCAUCUUACUCGCCAAGAGCAACAAGACGGGUAAGCUAUUCACCGAGAUAAGCGAUGAAGAACGAGAACAAGGCCGAAGAGAUGUACACAGUGGAAAAGUCAAGUUUGGAGACCUGUUACAGAAAUGGGGUGCACUUCCCGAUACCGAAGCUCUGAUUCCGUUUACCCGCUGGGUAACACCCCCAAACGUGCCUAAACGCUUCACCACGCAAAUGUACAUCUACUUUCUCCCCCUUGGCUCCGUAUCGCCAACGAAACACGCCGCACCAAAAGGGACGCCGCCGUCUGCGGGACUGGAAGAAGAGGACGAGAUCGUCAUACCCAAGCCUACACACGAUGGCGGUAUCGAGCACACUGCCGCCCGCUUCCUUCCACCCAACAAAUGGAUUGACCUGGCGCGGCAGAACAGGAUCAUCCUCUUCCCGCCACAGUUCUUGCUCACUUUGCUGUUGGCGCCGUACUUAGCUUCGAGUGUCACAUCGCCCUCUUCGCCCACACCUAGUCUAUCGGAGCUACAACUCGAACGCGAGAAAUGUCUUGACUUCCUGCGUAAGCCGCGCAUGUAUGAUGGGAAGCCCGAGGUGUCUUUUGCUGAAGCGUGUAUAUCUCCACUUGUUCUGGGCAAAGGCGAGUAUGGGCAGACUGGGCAGGACGGGGUCGGUGGUGUGGAUAAGAACACAGCUGUCUUGGUAUUGGAUCGGCCGGGGAAAGAGGUUGAAAGCCAGGGACAAGGGAGAGCGGGACUCAAGGAGUGGGUUGUCACGACGAAGUUUAAGAAAGAAGGGCCUCGGGAUGUGGAUGUUAGGAGAAGGGAGGAGGUGCUGGGGAACAAGAUACAAGGGAAGCUAUAG